AUGGUACUGGGGAAUUAUACCACAGUGACUGGCUUCAUCCUCCAGGGAAUAACAGAAAAUCCAAAGGUGCAAAUCAUCCUCUGCAUGUCAUUCUCCUUCAUCUAUUUCUGCACCCUGGUGGGGAAUCUAGGGAUGAUCGUGUUAAUCCGUGUUGAUCCCCGACUCCACACCUCCAUGUAUUUUUUCCUCAGCAGCUUGUCUUUCUUAGACAUUGGCUACUCCUCUGUGAUUGCCCCAAAGACGCUGGUAAUCUUUUCCGCAGAGACUAAAGACAUUUCUUUUGCAGGGUGUGUAGUUCAGUUUUUCUUCCUCUCUCUCUGUGCCAACACCGAGCUUUGUCUCCUGGCUGUGAUGGCCUACGAUCGCUUUGUAGCCAUCUGCAACCCAUUGCUUUAUCAUGUUGUUAUGUCCAGGAGAGUCUGCAUCCAGUUGGUGCUGGGCUCUUAUCUCUAUGCCUUUGCCAAUGCGAUCGCCCACACUAGUUCUUUGUUUUGUCUGUCCUUCUGCCACUCCCAUGUCCUCGAUCAUUUCUUCUGUGACAUCCCCCCUCUCCAAAAGAUCUCAUGCUCCAACACUCGCAUCGAUGAGCUGGUGCAUUUCACCUUUGCAGCUAUAGCAACCAUUGUCACCAUUGUGAUCAUCCUUGUCUCCUACACAUAUAUCAUCUUUGCCAUCCUGAGGAUCCGCUCUGCUGAGGGCAGGCGCAAAGCCUUCAACACCUGCGCUUCCCACCUGAUGGUCGUUGCUAUGCUGUAUGGGACUCUCUUCUUUAUGUAUCUGCGCCCCAUCUCCAGCGACUCAGCAGAUCAGGAUAAAGUGGUGGCUGUGUUCUAUACUCUGGUGAUCCCCAUGCUGAACCCCCUGAUCUACAGCCUGAGGAACAAGGAGGUGAAGGAUGCCUUGAGGAGAACAAUAUAUCAGAAAAUUAUUCCUCGCUAUAAGUAA